AUGCUUGGCCGACAAGCGCUAACAUUCACGACUGGCCCCAUUGCCCGAGUUGGACCAAAUACCUUGGUCACUAGUUCGCCUGAUUUGGUCAUGAGAAUGAGUGCUGCAAGAUCUCUCUACUCGAAGGCGGAUUGGUAUGCGGGCAGCAGAAUACCACCGGGCCAGGACAAUAUCUUUAGCCAACAGGACGAGGAGAAACAUGCUCGUCGAAGGGCACAGAUGGCCGAUGGGUUCUCUGGUAAAACUAAUCCGUCUCUUGAGCCAACCAUCGACACCCACGUGUGCAGUCUUGUGGACUUGCUUCGACGUAAAUAUAUCUCAACUGCAGACUCUUUUAAACCAGUGGACAUGGCUCGGAAGAUCGGAUUCUUUACAAUGGAUGUCAUUACCGAUCUCGCGUUUGCCAAGCCAUUUGGAAAUCUGAAGAACGACAAGGAUAUGCAUGAUUACAUCCGGUCAACGGAAGCAAUGGUCCCAAUAGGGCUCAGAAUGACUGCUAUUCCAGCUUUGAGAACCUUGUUCCAAACGGAAUGGAUUAGCAAAGCUCUGUUCCCUAGCGAUACGAACGAGAUCGGGAUAGGAAAAUUGAUUGGAAUGGCCAGAAAAUUAGUCUCCGAACGCUACGACAUCAAUAAUAUCGACCAUCAAGACAUGCUCUCAUCAUUCAUCGCUCACGGCCUCACAGAGUCCGAUUUAGUCGCCGAGUCCGUGAUGCAGAUCCUCGCAGGUGGUGAAACGACUGCAACCGGGCUCCGGGCAACAUUUUUGUUCAUCAUCACUAAUCCCCGCAUCUAUGCUACCCUACAAGCGGAAAUCGACAUAGCCGUUGAGACCAAUGGCAAGAUUUCAAGCCCUGUAAUCAGGGAUAAGGAAUGGCGCCACCUGGCAUACCUCCAGGCUGUUAUCAAGGAGGGGCUCAGGGUUUGGCCCCCUGUAACCGGAAUGAUGAGUAAAUUUAGCCCUCCUAAAGGGGAUGAGUUUGAUAUCGAUGGUGAGAGGGUGUUUAUUCCCGGGGGAACCAACAUUGGGUGGGCGAGUUGGGGAAUCCACAGGAAUAAAGCUGUAUUUGGAGAGGAUGCGGAGUUGUAUAGGCCGGAGAGAUGGCUGGAUGAGGGAAAUCAGGAGAGACUGGAAAGAAUGCGUAAGGUUGUGGACUUGAAUUUUGGGUAUGGGAAAUAUUACUGCCUCGGGAGACAGGUGGCACUUUCAGAGUUACAUAAGGCGAUUUUUGAGUUGUUCCGGAAUUUUAAUUUCGAAAUUGUGAAUCCUUCAAGGCCAUGGAAGAGCGAAAAUGUAGGCAUAUGGAUACAGAGCGGGUUGUGGGUGAGGGUUACAGAGCGGAAGUUAUUCACUUGAAGCGAGAAUUUCGGGGUGACAUUCAGAGCGCACUCGCCUAGUUUUUGUACAUAAUCGCGGGUUUUCUAUACUCGGGCUAAAAGAACCCCACGAGCGAACAGUGGCUUCUUAUUGGAGAAUAACUAAUUUUUCCUCCCUGUUCUAUCGAAUACAUAUCUUC